CCCUGCCGCCGUGCCGUAGCCGGGCUGGUGGUGAUUGGGCACUUAGCGCAGCGGGCAGCGAGAGCCGGGAACGGGCGCAGGAGGAGUCGGCGGCUUACUACAGAAGCUAAAGAUGAGCCUACGGAAGCAAACCCCCAGCGACUUCCUAAAACAGAUCAUUGGCAGACCAGUUGUUGUAAAAUUAAAUUCUGGAGUUGAUUAUCGAGGUGUCCUGGCUUGCUUGGAUGGGUAUAUGAAUAUAGCUCUGGAACAGACUGAAGAAUAUGUAAAUGGACAAUUAAAGAACAAGUAUGGGGACGCAUUUAUCCGAGGAAAUAAUGUGUUGUACAUAAGUACACAGAAGAGGAGGAUGUAGAUGCCAGAAGGAGGCCGUUUUGUACUUGUGAACCUCUUUGAAAUGAUGAGCCCUCUUUGAUUUGUAGUUGAUAAUCUACAGAUGAAAUACGCAAGUGUUUAAAUAUUUUUUUUUUAAAUAAAUGUAAACCAGUGUAAACUUCCUGGAUGUUUUUGUUUCAAAGCAUUGCUUGGUUAUGCUGCACAGGAAAAAAAUAAAGCAAGAAGCAUGUAAUAGUGCCACAAGAUUAA